CGUCUAGCAGAACUCGUGCACUCCACGAGGUCCUCGGACUGGUUCAAACCUUUGGAUCUUGGGUCUGGUCCUCGAGAUGGGGUCUCGCCGUGGAAAGAGAAUCUGCACGUGCUCCGUCCCUCUGCCAUGCAACCUAACCUAGCCCAAACCCAUGCCACCCUAUAUAUAUAUAUAUAACCUCUGGAGCUCCUCCUUUGUUGUCGUCUUGUCGGACUGUCCCUCCCAAGUCAAGCGAAUCACUCGACCUGUCACCUCAUCCAGCACUGAGCAGGCCUCGCUCCCCAGCUUGAAUAGUACGACACCUGGCCGGACCGUGCACGAGGGGCCCCUAGUUGUCACAAUGGCCCUUCAUCAGUACGAUUACAUCCUGGCCUUUGGCUUCAUCUUCGCGUUCUUGGACGCGUGGAACAUCGGUGCCAACGAUGUCGCCAACUGCUGGGCUACCUCGGUCUCCUCUAGGUCCGUCUCCUACAUUCAGGCCAUGACCAUUGGUGCUAUCCUCGAAUUUGCUGGUUCCGUCGGUGUCGGCGCCCGUGUCGCCGAUACUAUCCGCACGAAGGUCGUCGAUAUCGACAUGUACGAAGACAACCCCGCCAUGCUCAUGCUCGGCAUGGUUUGUGCUAUCACCGCGUCCUCCAUUUACCUCACCAUCUGCACGAGGCUUGGUCUGCCUGUGUCUACGACCCACACCAUCAUGGGCGGUGUUAUCGGUAUGGGUGUCGCAACCCUCGGUGCUGACGGUGUUAUCUGGGCCGAUCUUGACAAAGGUAUCAACGGCGGUGUAAUCCAGGUCUUCCUGGCCUGGAUCAUCGCUCCCGGCCUCGCGGGUGCCUUCGGUGCCGUCAUCUUCACUAUCACCAAGUACCUCGUCAUGGUCCGGAACAACCCCGUGGCCAGGGGUCUCAUCACCGUGCCCAUCUACUUCGGUAUCACUGCUUCCCUUUGCACCAUGUUGCUCAUCUGGAAGGGUGGUUCCAUCAACCCCGACUUCAACGACGCGCAGCAGGCCGGCCUUAUCGUUGGCGUUGGUGCUGCUGUCGCCCUCGUUGCGGGUCUUUUCCUCGUCCCCUGGAUGUACCGUGUCGUGAUCAAGGACGACUGGUCCCUCCGCUGGUGGCACAUUGCCCUGGGUCCUCUGCUGCUCCGCCGUCCCGAGCCUGGCCCCCAGCCCGAGGGUGCGCGCGGUGGUAUCAAGGACUUCUACGAGGGUCAUCUGACCAAGGAGGAGCUCGACGCCCUCCGUGCCGGUGGCGCCCACGCCAGCGAUGAGGAGGCCAAUGCCGACGGCGAGAAGAAGAAGAUCGACACCCAGGUGUUUUCUGCCGAUGCCGACUCCCAGAACGCUGCUGCUGCCGCCGACGCUGUUCGCCGCGAGGCCAUGUACACCGUCGAGGAGAAGCCCAAGACCGGUAUCGUAGGUCCCAAACCCGACGGCUCGUUCUUCAGUGGCCCCGUUCUCUUCUGGCGUCUCAAGUGGCUCUUCCUUUCUGGCGUGGACCGGGACAUUAUCAAGAUGCAGAAGCGUCGCAACGCCCUCUCCGGCGACCUUGACGAGGUCCACUCUCACGCCGCCCACUACGACAACCGUGCCGAGUACCUCUACUCCUUCCUACAGGUCCUCACUGCUUCCGUUGCCUCUUUCACACACGGCGCCAACGACGUCGCCAACGCCAUCGGCCCCUUCGCUACCAUUUACGAGAUCUGGAGGACUGGUACCAUUGCGGGAUCCAAGUCGCCCGUUCCUAUUUGGAUUCUCGUCUACGGUGGUGCCGGUAUCACGAUUGGUCUCUGGACGUACGGCUAUAACGUCAUGCGUAACCUCGGUAACCGCCUGACCCUCCACUCGCCUUCUCGUGGUUUCUCCAUGGAGCUCGGCUCUACCGUGACCAUCAUUCUCGCCACCAAGCUGCAGCUCCCCGUCUCCACCACGCAGUGCAUCACUGGUGCUAUUGUUGGCGUCGGUCUCUGCUCCGGUACUUGGCGCUCCAUUAACUGGCGCAUGGUAGCCUGGAUUUACGCCGGUUGGAUCUUCACCCUUCCCGUUGCCGGGACCUUCGCGGGCUGCCUUGUCGCUAUCAUCAUCAACGCUCCUCGCUGGGGCCUGGCUAUGUAAAGGCGCCGACAUUGCCCUCAGACUCUCAGUUGGGUUGCUUCGGGCCUUUUUUCCUUUACUGUUUGCGAGUGCUAGGGAACAUGUCUCGAUACCCCCAACACUUGGCAUGCAAUCUCUACUCUCUCCUUUCACCACAUGCAUCCAUUCGUCUUCUCGUACUGGCAUCCCAGGAUAUCGGAGUAUAAUAUAGCCUUGACUUUAUAGACUGUCAUUCGGUGCAACGUCGACGCAAUACCCAGUGCACAUUUUGAUAUCCUCCCAGAAUUCAAACAUACCA